AUGAUCCAUGUCCUUCACUCUCUCCUCGUAGCCCAGCUCCCAGCCCCCUCCCCGUAUUCCAGUCCCGCCCCCGUAUUCCAGCCCCGCCCCCGUAUUCCAGCCCCGCCCCCGUAUUCCAGCCCCGUCCCCCGUAUUCCAGCCCCGUCUCCGUAUUCCAGUCCCGGCCCCGUAUUCCAGUCCCGCCCCCGUAUUCCAGUCACGCCCCCGUAUUCCAGUCACGCCCCCGUAUUCCAGGCCCGCCCCCGUAUUCCAGUCACGCCCCCAUAUUCCAACCCCACCCCCGUAUUCCAGUCCCAGCCCAGUAUUCCAGUCACGUCCCCGUAUUCCAGCCCCACCCCCGUAUUCCAGUCCCGGCCCCGUAUUCCAGUCCCGCCCCCGUAUUCCAGUCACGCCCCCGUAUUCCAGGCCCGCCCCCGUAUUCCAGUCACGCCCCCAUAUUCCAACCCCACCCCCGUAUUCCAGUCCCAGCCCCGUAUUCCAGUCACGUCCCCGUAUUCCAGCCCCACCCCCGUAUUCCAGUCCCGCCCCCGUAUUCCAGUCACGCCCCCGUAUUCCAGGCCUGCCCCCGUAUUCCAGUCACGCCCCCGUAUUCCAGUCCCGCCCCCGUAUUCCAGUCACGCCCCCGUAUUCCAGUCACGCCCCCGUAUUCCAGUCCCGCCCCCGUAUUCCAGUCACGCCCCCGUAUUCCAGUCACGCCCCCGUAUUCCAGGCCCGCCCCCGUAUUCCAGUCCCGGCCCCGUAUUCCAGUCCCGCCCCCGUAUUCCAGUCACGCCCCCGUAUUCCAGUCACGCCCCCGUAUUCCAGGCUCGCCCCCGUAUUCCAGUCCCGCCCCCGUAUUCCAGUCACGCCCCGUAUUCCAGCCCCACCCCCGUAUUCCAGUCCCGCCCCCGUAUUCCAGUCACGCCCCCGUAUUCCAGUCAUGCCCCCGUAUUCCAGCCCCACCCCCGUAUUCCAGUCCUGGCCCCGUAUUCCAGUCCUGGCCCCGUAUUCCAGUCACGCCCCCGUAUUCCAGCCCCACCCCCGUAUUCCAGCCCCGGCCCCGUAUUCCAGUCCCACCCCCGUAUUCCUGCCUCGUCCCUGUAUUCCAGCCCCGCCCCCGUAUUCCAGCCCCGGCCCCUUAUUCCAGUCCCAGCCCCGUAUUCCAGUCCCGCCCCCGUAUUCCUGCCUCGUCCCUGUAUUCCAGCCACGCCCCCGUAUUCCAGCCCCGGCCCCUUAUUCCAGUCACGCCCCCGUAUUCCAACCCCGCCCUCAUACUCCGGUUUAGUUCAUCCUCAUAUCCCAGUCCGGUCCCAAUAUCCCGCCUAG